GGCGGCGCUGGCGCGGCGGGGCCGGGGCGAAGCGGGCCCGGGCGCCUCCUCCUCAGCUCCCCAUGGCCGGCAACUUCUGGCAGAGCUCGCACUACUUACAAUGGAUUUUAGAUAAACAAGAUCUGUUGAAGGAACGCCAGAAGGACUUGAAGUUUCUGACUGAAGAGGAGUAUUGGAAACUGCAGAUAUUUUUUACUAAUGUUAUCCAGGCUUUAGGUGAACAUCUGAAAUUAAGACAACAAGUUAUUGCCACUGCUACAGUCUACUUCAAGAGAUUCUAUGCCAGAUAUUCCCUAAAAAGUAUAGAUCCAGUAUUAAUGGCUCCUACCUGUGUGUUUUUGGCAUCCAAAGUAGAGGAAUUUGGUGUUGUUUCAAAUACAAGGUUGAUUUCUGCUGCUACUUCUGUAUUGAAAACUAGGUUUUCGUAUGCCUUUCCUAAGGAGUUUCCUUAUAGGAUGAACCAUAUACUAGAAUGUGAAUUCUAUCUCUUAGAAUUAAUGGACUGCUGUUUGAUAGUGUAUCAUCCUUAUAGACCUUUGCUCCAAUAUGUGCAAGAUAUGGGCCAAGAAGACAUGCUGCUACCUCUUGCAUGGAGGAUAGUGAAUGACACAUAUAGAACUGAUCUUUGUCUGCUGUAUCCUCCUUUCAUGAUAGCUCUAGCUUGCCUACAUGUGGCCUGUGUUGUCCAGCAGAAGGAUGCAAGGCAGUGGUUUGCUGAGCUGUCUGUUGAUAUGGAAAAGAUUUUAGAAAUAAUCAGGGUUAUUCUGAAGCUGUAUGAGCAGUGGAAGAACUUUGAUGAGAGGAAAGAAAUGGCUACUAUUCUUAGUAAAAUGCCUAAACCAAAACCACCUCCAAACAGCGAAGGAGAACAGGGUCCAAAUGGCAGCCAGAACUCUAGUUACAGCCAAUCUUAAGACAUUCCAAAGAAUUUCUUUACGGACCACUUUUGACUCAAGACAUCCUGGGAUCUUUCCUGUGUUCAUGAGAUGGACAGAAGCUUUUAGUAACAUCUUUGACAAAGAACUUGAAGAAUAAAUAGCUUGUUUGUGUCAAGCAUUUGGAAAGCUUUUUAUCUGAAACUGCAUCAUUUUCUCUGACGCUGGAGCAAACGUACUGAGGUUGGGGGUUUUUCAGUGUGAAGAAUCAAACCUUAAACCAAACUGCAAAAUAUUAACACUGUCCACACUCAAACCAAAUAGCCCAUUAUUGGUUUUGUUUGCUAGGAGAAAAUUGUAACUUGCCAUUGAAGUGCUUUUAAAGCAGCACCAACCUGAAGCCCAAAUGUAACUGUAUUAACCAUUCGUGUGGUCCUUGUUUUGGUUGUGACUGAAGGAUGAUGGUGCAAGUGUAUGUAAAAUCAAUUCAUUACCAUGAGCUCUGUUGAUUGGUUUUUUUUAAAAUACAAUAAAUACAGAUUCUAUAACAAGUCACACAGCAGUUCUUCAGAACCAAAACCCUUCAAAGAGCCUGCAAACGACUCUGUUACAUGAAAGCUGCAGGAAAGACAUUGAAUUAAUUUCUUUUGGAUUAGAGAAACGCUGUUUAGUUCAUUAGAUGUACUUGGAUGUUUUUGCCAUGAAGUGUAGUAGCCCAGCUUACCAGAGAAGUGCAAUAUGUAUAGUGAUUCUGCAGUUUUCUUAAACAUUUCAAGUGUUAGGAAUGAAAAAAACCCCACCAUACUAUUUUUUUGGCAAGUUAAUGUACUGUCUAAUACAAUUGGAAUAUUUCACAGUCAGUUACAAGUCUGCAUAUGUUUAUUAUGGUGGUUUCUGGGUUUUUCUCUGUGUGUGUGCUAAAGACAUGCACAGUUCACCUGCCUUCAGUGUUAGUGUGAAUUUGUUUGGUUCAUUAGAGCGUUUGUUUAAGAGGAUCAAGCUUUUGUACUGGCUACUUUGAAUUGUGAUGUUAGGAACAAAUGGGAUUCCUUGGUUAACUAAUGUUCUGGAUUAAAAUGAGAUUCCUUCAAACAAAAGGCCAGAUCCUGUGUUCCUUACUCAGGCAGAUAUCCCACUGAAGUCAGGAAUUGGCCUGAAUAGAUUUUUUUCCUCCAUUUUUAGGUAACUUUGAUUAAGUUCUGUACCACUUCAUUCUGAAUGACAAUGCCAGCUUGCCCGAGGAUAACAUUUGAAUGACAAAGUGCUGUAACAUUGUUCCACUGGUCUGAUACAUUGGCUUUCUGAUGUGUCUUGGUUCAAAAAACUGGCCAUUUCAAACCUCCCCGUUUUGGCAAAUAGCUGUCUUUGUAAUUGGCUGGUCAUUUGGUGAAAUGUAACUGCAGUGUGUUUGUAUGGAGCCUGUUAUGCCACUAGCAUUUCUUUCUGGUCAGCUCAUUUUUGUAAAACAUGAGGGAAAUAAGCCCAAAUCAGUCUGGGGAGAUAGAAAAUACAUACAUUUUAGUCUCUGUUACUUAUUUGUUGCCAUUUGAUCCAUACCUUUUCCAGACACUCGAUUGAUGAAGUGGAAUUUGGCUAUUUGCCUUUGUUUCUUGAAGUCUAAAAUGUGUUAUUUGUAAUGUGGACUUGGGGAGUAGAAAUAAAUCAA